CGCCGGGAAGUUGCGCCUGGAGAAGUUGCGGGCAGCUGAGUCUCAGAGCGGUGGAGCUCCUCUGCCUUUUCGUCAACGCUAGGAAGAGCAAGGACAAGCAGACGCCGCCUCGCAGGGCUCAAGGCUCCGGGGAAGCCGUCCUGGAGCGUGCGAUCGGCCCUGCAAGAUCGCCAGCUGCUGAGACCCGAGCCAGGCCGCGAGCACACAGCCUCCCCGCAGGGUGCGGCGCCUCGGGGCUCCGGAAGGCUGUGCAGCCCAGACGCCCAAGGACUAGGUUGUGUCGCCCGCCCUGCCCCCCGGCUGGGCCAUGUCUAGAGGCCCUGGCUCUACCCUGCUGCCCCCGACCCCGGGGUUACGGAAACCCGCGCCACGGAGCCUCAGCUGCCUCUCGGACCUGGAUCCACGACCCUGCAGACCCCCGGGUUGCGAACCUCGGCUGCAGCCCAUCAUCCACCGGCGCACGCGCUCGCUGCCCAGUUCCCCCGAGCGCCGUGCCAAGGCUGCAGGAGCCCCCGGCGCUGCGUGCCGAGCCGGCUGCAACCGGCAGCUCCGUGUGCGCUUCGCUGACGCGUUGGGCCUGGAGCUGACUCAGGUCAAGGUGUUCAACGCAGGAGACGACCCGUCUGUGCCGCUGCACGUGCUGUCGCGUCUGGCCAUCAACUCGGACCUGUGCUGCAGCAGCCAGGACCUGGAGUUCACGCUGCAGUGCCUGGUUCCCGACUUCCCGCCUCCCAUCGAAGCCCCGGACUUCGGAGAUCGCCUGGCACGGCAGCUGGUGUGCCUGGAACGUGUCACCUGCUCGGACCUGGGCAUCAGCGGCACAGUGCGCGUGCGCAACGUGGCCUUCGAGAAACAGGUGGCGGUGCGCUACACCUUCUCAGGCUGGCGCAGUGCGCACGAGGCAGUGGCACGCUGGAGAGGGUCUGCGGGUACGGAGGGGACCGAGGACAUCUUUGCUUUCGGCUUUCCAGUGCCACCCUUCCUGCUGGAGCUCGGCUCCCGAGUACUCUUCGCCCUGCGCUACCGUGUGGCUGGUGCUGAGUACUGGGACAACAACGACGGCCGUGACUAUGGCCUCACUUGUCGCCGCCAUGCCCUGCACAUGCCACGCGGGGAGUGCGAAGAGAGCUGGAUCCACUUCAUCUGAGAGUCUGGCUGCGAACCGGGCGUGCUUCCGUCUCAGCAGAACUGCGGUCGAUGUCUGGAGACAUCACUCCUCCUUCCCGGUAGUCUGGCCUGGUUUCUGGCUGUGCAGCCCUGCAGCCGUGGCCUGGUCUGCCUUCUAGCGCGUUGUCUGGAGAGCUUGGUGGCCAGAGGGUCAGGAGCCUGUGUAGUGCAUUUGUGUGUGUGUGUGGGGGGGAGCGUGUGGGAGGGCGGUCGCAUGGGGCUGUGGUCCUUAAAUACAGGAGGACCCAGGUCGGUGUGUUGUAAGGGAGGGCCUUCUGCAUGUCACACUUAAGUUUGUCUAAACACGAGUAGCUGUUAUUUAUUGUUUUCUCAGGAGUACUCUAGGUUUGUUUAGUAAGCUUAAAAGAAAGCCUGUCGGCUGUUUGCACCCACAGGGUGGCCUGUGUUAUGGUCCCUCGAGGCAUUUCUGCCCUAGGUCGGUAAAAACCUGAGACUGUGCUUGCCUGCCAAUGUUUGGAGCCUUCCAACAGUGGAGACUAUUAAUAGUCAAGAAACAUACUGCUCGUCUGUCAUCAUGCAACCCUUUCUGGGCUUCGGGGCUGCCCUGGUUAGGCGAUGCCUCUCACAUCAACAGCCCGGAAGGAGUGGCCUGCAAAGCUUCCAGCCCUGCAGUUUAGCCCAAACAGUGCUUUCUUUGGGGACUACCUGUUCACGCAAUUGUCUUCUCCUGGUCUGGUACUGGGUCUGCACGUUAACAGGCCACAUUCUGUUUAUGUUUGGAACUACCUGAACCUUUGAAAAGAUCUUGCCUUAAGUUAUUUCCGUUUUCAAAGUGGCCACGGGGAUCCGGGCAGGGGUGCCCUUCCCAGUGACCCUUUUCCACGAAAGAGAUGACUUUUUUAUUUCUAAGUAUGGGAAGGUUCCAGCCUUCUUAUUUUGGAAGUCAGCUUUCCGGUGAACCUGGAUGGUGUUUUCAGAAACAGCCGGGACACUGGAGGAAAAACAGUUCGCAGAUUUUUAUAUACCUAAUGGGUUUUAAAUUGUACAGUUAUGUCAGGCCUCACAACUACCCACCUCUUUAUUCUUUGUGCCUUCAGUUAGGAAAGUUGCUAACAUUUUAUGGGCCCCCGGCCCCCCAGUUUUAAAAUGUUAAAUGCUUUUUUAAAACAAAACAACAACCAAGACCUCCGACUUAGUCCAGACCACUUACUGUUCCUUGCAGGAUGUCCCUGCUGCUUAAAACCCCCAUGGAGGGGCUGGCAUUCUUUCCGGUGCUGAGCUGUGGUCUCUCUGAUAGUAGGUGCUAGUACGGAGGCAAAACCAAGGGAGGUGAGCAAUGCCUCCCAGAUGUGACCUUUGCAUUUGAGACAGUGGAUGUCCUAUGAUGGACUUGGUGUGACACCUGUCUCCGGUUAGUUUUUGAAUGUUGGUGUUUGUUAAAUCAGCAUGGAAAAGAUGCAUCUUACCCUUUAACCUGUUUGGUUUUGAUACUUGAAACUUCUGCCUUUUAAAAUUCCAAGAACAGUGUUGGCUUUCUGGUACCUCCUGGACUAAGACACGUUUUGAUUUAAAACACCAUGAUAAAAAAACGACACAGCCUUUGGCUGUUGGGACUCUGCACUACAUUUACAUUCAAGAGUGAGACAUCCCAGAGGCAUUUUUUUUUUCUGCUGCUUAAUGAACUGUCCAAUUGGGUCAGCAAACCCCAGGGGUCAUGGCUGCUCUGUCCUUGUCCCCUGUUCAGAAUGUAAGAUAAUGGCCCAGACUCUCCAGGUAAAGGUUAGGACUGCUCAGAGUAGUGUUGCUUCAAGGAACACAGAGAGUUUUAUAGUCCGUGGGAAAGCCAAUCAUUUGUCCAAGGGUCUAGUUACAGAAAAGCAAAUGAUAUAUCAUCAAAAUUGAGAGAACCCUAAGGUGCCUUUUUAAGACUUACCAACAAUUUGAAAUCUACAGCUUAAAGACAAUUUUGCUUGAUUUAAAAAAAAAAUAAUAAAAGCUGUAAGACAAUUCUGGGUGAACUUUCUGACCCUGAGACGCACCUAGACUGCUGAGAUGUUAAAAUUGUAUGGAUUGUGCACUUGUUGGGCUGUGUCCCCAAAAUGUAUUUAACUGCCUGUCACUUAAAAUUAUUUUACUCAAGCCUAAAUAUUAAAGUACACUGCAAAAGUA